AUGGGUCUCCCACCGCGCCACAUGGACUCGGUCGUUCAGAUCGUGGAAGCCCUUGAAUCGACUGACCACGACUUCACCGGCACUGUGCCGGAGCUGGCGCGGGCGCUGGGUGGCUGCAGCACCCCGGGGUGCCGCGCGGUGCUGGGAGAGCCACCCGAUGUCCCACCAGCCCCACGAACGCUCAGCCGUGAGCAGUGGCUGCUCUUCACCCAACUCCUCCACCAGGACGCCACGGCACCCGAGCGCGGCGUGGUGCUGGCACCCGACGGCUCCGCCAUUGCCCUUGGCCCCCUCCUCGCCGGCAUCGAGGUUGGCCUCAAGCGGGCGGCGGGGUGGCCCUUCCCCACCGUCGAGCCACCCAUCGACGCGCUCUACGCCGUCACCAUCACCGAGGUUUUGGGGACAUCCUUCCUCUUGGCUCGUGACGGUGAUGGCAACCGAACCACACUCGGACCUGACGGCUGUUGGGAUGACGUGGAUGACCCCCAAAACUACACCCUGCUGGGACCCCCCUCGCCCAUCCCUGAUGCCGUUGCCAACGGGGCGAUGGAUGGGGUGCUGUUGGGUGCCCACCUGGCCCAAGCACCCGUUCCGCUCGCCGACCUUCUCCGGGGCUACUACGGGACGGGCAACGGCACGGAGAAGGAGCGACCACCCAGCAGUUACCGGCGACGAGAUUUCGGGGUGCUGACGGGGCCGGGGAAGCUGGAGGAGGAGGUGGCGGCGAUGCUGAGGGUGCUGCGGGUGCUGCCACCCACCCAGGAGCUCUUGGAGGACGUGGGGCCGGAGGAGGUGGUGGCCAUCGCUCGUCAAGCGGCGCAGGACUUCACGGAGGUCUACGUGGAGUGCCCGGCCAUCGUGCCCCGGUGCAUGUGGGGUGCCCGUCCCUACCGGGGCACCCCCAAACCGUUGACCCUCCCCUUGGGCUCUGUCUACGUCCACCACACCUUCAUACCCAGCGCCCCGUGCCGCACCUUCACCGCCUGCGCCCGGGACAUGCGCGCCAUGCAACGCUUUCACCAGGACACCCGCGGUUGGGAUGACAUCGGCUACAGCUUCGUGGUGGGGUCGGAUGGGUACCUGUACCAAGGCCGAGGCUGGCACUGGGUUGGUGCCCACACCAAAGGCUACAACAGCAAAGGCUACGGCGUGAGCUACGUUGGAGACUUCUCGGCCACCUUGCCGGACCCCGAUGCCAUCGCCCUGGUGCGGGACAGGCUCCUGCCCUGCGCCGUGCGGACCGGCCGGCUUCACCGCAACUACACCCUACGUGGCCACCGCCAGAUGGGUCACACCGACUGCCCCGGCAACUCCCUCUUCCAUGAGAUUGAGACCUGGCACGGCUUCGAGGUGGUGGCCCAAUGGAUGCCAGCCUGGAUGGACCCUGGUCCGGAUGGACGUCAGUCUGAUGGACACCGGCCUGGGUGGACCCUGGUUGAGAUGGAUCCUGGUCGGAUGGGUGCCAGCCCAGGUGGACCCUGGUCCAGACAGACCCUGAGCCAACGGAUGCCGUCACGGAUCGGCCCUGGUCCAGGUGGACGCCAGCCCAACGGAUGCCAGCACAGAUGGACCGCGGUCCAGGUGGACGCCGGUCUGACGGAUGCCAACCCUGAUGGACACUGGCCCGGAAGGACCCCGGCCUUGAAGGCUACCAGCCUGGACAGAUCCUGGCCCAGGUGGGCAUCAGCCGGGAUGGCUCCUGGCCUGGCCCCACUGGCCCAGCAGACCAGCCCCGUAGCCACAAUAAAGUCAGUGCCAGGACAUCGGCUUCGGGUGGUCCCUGGAGAGUGA